AUGAAAGAGAAAAUUGCUGUAGAUUAUGCUAAAGUGGACUUCAGUACCAGUGUUAAUAACAUUCAGAUCGACAAAACCAAACCUUUGUGGCACAACUAUUUCCUGUGUGGACUUAAAGGAAUUCAGGAGCAUUUUGGUCUUAGUAAUCCAACUGGAAUGAAUUGCCUGGUAGAUGGAAAUAUCCCACCAAGUUCUGGCCUCUCUAGCUCCAGUGCCUUGGUCUGCUGUGCUGGCUUAGUGACCCUCACAGUGCUGGGAAUGAACCUCUCCAAGGUGGAACUGGCAGAAAUCUGUGCCAAGAGUGAGCGUUACAUUGGCACUGAAGGAGGAGGCAUGGACCAGUCCAUAUCAUUUCUUGCAGAAGAAGGAACUGCCAAGCUGAUAGAGUUCAAUCCUCUGAGGGCGACUGACGUGAAGCUCCCGAGCGGGGCGGUGUUUGUGAUUGCCAACAGCUGUGUGCAGAUGAACAAAGCCGCCACUUCCCACUUCAACGUCAGGGUGGUGGAAUGUCGCCUGGCUGCGAAGCUCCUGGCGAAGCACAAAGGCUUACAAUGGGACGAGGUCAUGAGGCUGGAAGAAGUGCAGGCCAAGCUGGGGGUUAGUCUGGAAGCAAUGCUGUUGCUCACCAAGGACGCCCUGCACCCUGAACCCUAUAGCCGCGAGGAGAUCUGCAUGUGUCUGGGAAUCAGCCUGGAGGACCUCCGAACCCAGAUCCUAACUCCAAACACCCAAGAUGUGCUUGUCUUCAAACUCUACCAGCGGGCAAAGCAUGUGUACAGCGAGGCUGCCCGAGUGCUGCGAUUUAAGGCAAUCUGUGAAGAAGCACCUGACAACACGGUCCAGCUGCUGGGAGAGCUGAUGAACCAGAGCCACGGGAGCUGCCGGGACUUGUACGAGUGCAGCUGCUCAGAGCUGGACCAGCUGGUGGACAUCUGUCGGAAGUUCGGGGCUCAAGGGUCGCGACUCACUGGAGCAGGCUGGGGAGGCUGCACCGUGUCCAUAGUACCUGCUGACAAGCUGCCGGAUUUCCUAGCAAACGUGCAGGACGCUUACUACAAGAGACGCCAUCACAGCGAAGCACCCGAGAAGCAGAAUUUGUUUGCUACCAAACCUGGAGGCGGGGCACUGGUUUUCCUGGAGGCCUAAACAAUGUAAAAAAUCUCAGAGAAACUAUUUAGGGCAUUUAGAAACUGGCAAGACUUGCUAUGCCACAGUAAAUUAAUCUUCUUUCUGUUUUAUAUUAUGAUGAAUGGUUGCUAUGAUCAAGCUGUACUUCCAAAGAAAUGGCUGAAAGCUUUCUACACUUUAUAAUCAUUAUUUUUCCAUCUUAAAAUAUGUGGGUUUUUUUUUCAAUCAAUAAGAGCCAAGAUUAUGCUUGGAUAGACCUUUGAAAAGGAUGAUUUACUGGUAAACACACUGAACUGGACUUGCAGUAAACAUGCUGCUACAUUCAAAUUGAUACACAUUAAAACAGAGUCACUCUUGGUCUCCUUCCAAUUUCUUCCACAGAGUUGUCCUCUGAUCUUGGGGAGGAGGAUCCUGAAGAUGAUGAUGGUGAUUCCAUACAGCGUCUCUCACGAUCUGCCUCAAUAUGCUAUGAAAAUAAAGAUUCACAGAUUUUCUUA